AGCUCGGCUCACCAUACAAGUAUCGAGUUCGACUGCACGAAUAAAAAGGCUGAUUUUGCCUGUAAGAGUAACAUCAAGAUGAAUGUGAUUCUUGCAGUGAAGCAAUAUGUUGCCAAGAUGAUAGAGGACAGUGGACCAGGCAUGAAAGUGCUUCUUAUGGAUAAAGAUACGAUCAGCUAUGUAAGCAUGGUGUAUGCCCAGUCAGAGAUACUCCAGAAGGAGGUCUACCUGUUUGAACUUCUCAGUAAUGGCUCGCGGGAACUGAUGAAACAUCUCAGAUGCAUCUGCUUCAUCAGACCAACAAAGGAAAACAUCGAGCUUCUCUGCAAUGAACUGAAGAAUCCCAAGUACGGCAUUUACUGUAUUUAUUUCAGCAAUGUAGUCAGCAAAAGUGAUGUGAAGAGGCUGGCAGAGGCAGAUGAACAAGAAGUUGUGAGAGAAGUCCAGGAGUUCUAUGGGGACUACAUUGCCGUUAGCCCACAUGUCUUUUCCUUCAACAUCGUUGGAUGUUCACGGGGCAACAUAUGGAAUUCAGGUGUCUUGAACAGGAUUUGUGCAGGUGUGACGGCCGUGCUGCUGUCCCUCAAGAAAUGCCCCAUGAUACGCUUCCAGAACUCCUCAGAACUGUCCAAACGACUGGCAGAAAAUGUCAAGCAAGUAAUAUCCAAGGAUGCUGGGUUGUUUGACUUCAGGAGGACGGACGUGCCUCCUCUUUUGCUCAUACUGGAUCGGCACAGUGAUGCGGUUACACCCCUCCUACACCAGUGGACAUACCAGGCUAUGGUGCACGAGUUGCUCGGUAUCCGUAAUAACCGCAUUGACUUGUCCAAAGUUCCUGGCAUCAGCAAGGACCUACAGGAAGUGGUGUUGUCUGCUGAACAGGAUGAGUUUUAUGCCGCGAAUCUCUACAACAACUUUGGUGAAAUAGGCGCUCGGAUCAAGGAGCUGAUGGAGGAAUUCCAGAAGAAAAGUCAGAGCACCAAGAAGAUUGAAUCCAUUGCCGACAUGAAGGCAUUUGUGGAGAACUACCCCCAGUUCAAGAAGAUGUCCGGCACGGUGGCCAAGCAUGUGACUGUGGUCGGUGAGCUGUCCAGGCUGGUAGGGUUGUACAACCUGCUGGAGGUGUCGGAGGUUCAGCAGGAGCUAGCUUGCCAGAGUGAUCACAAUGAAGCCCUCAAGAAAGUGCGGGGCCUGAUCACGAGCGACAGAGUGAGGGAGCUGGAUGCCUGCUGUCUGGUGGCACUGUAUGGCCUACGGUACGAGCGGCAUAGCAACAAUGACUUCAUGACAUUACUGGGUGCGCUCACAAGGAGGGGAGUCAGUGAACGAAAUAAAAGGUUGGUUAGGGCUGUUGUAGAAUAUGGCGGGGAGAGGGCGAGAGGAACUGACCUGUUUGGACAGAACAACCCGAUCUCCAGAACGAGGAGGUUUUUUAAAGGAUUAAAGGGUGUCGAGAACAUCUAUACCCAGCACACACCAUUGCUACAAGAGACAUUAGAUCAACUGAUCAAAGGCAAGCUGAAGGAGGGAAGCUAUCCCUACCUGGGGCCAACCACCAUUAUGUUUUGUAUUGACCCCUUCUCUUUCACCAGACCUCAAGACAUUGUCGUGUUUAUGAUAGGAGGGGUAACCUAUGAGGAAGCCCUCGCAGUUCGCAACAUCAACCAGGCCAACCCCGGAGUACGGGUUGUCCUCGGUGGAACCACAGUACACAACUCACAGACGUACCUUGAGGAGGUGGCUCUAGCCCAGCACCUGUGAGGCAUUCCCCCUGAAAUAUGUUGACACAGCUCACACAUGAGAGGUAAACGUGUUGAUUCUGCGUAGGUUCAUUUCAGAGAUAUACUAAGAUGUGGCUAUCCUACAUGUACAUAUGAGGAGAAAUAUCCUUUUUGUCCCAGCACAAAAUUCCAAAUUGGGCCAUAUGUAGUACUUGGGCUGUACUUGAACAUGAAUUCUGUCCCCAAACAGCAUGCUUUGCAUGCUUGUUCCAUAUUUGUUUCAGAUACAUAGACACACAAACAUGCAGAGCUCUGCUCGUUAUAUGCCAAGUUACUCUUCCUAAGAGUCUGAAGUUCCAAAUUUAGCCAUUUUCAGCACAUGGACUGGAUUUUACCCAAAUAUAUAUAGUUAAUUCCUUUCGUAUGUUUACAAAGAAUACUUCCAUGCUGAGUUGCACCAAUAUAUGACUGUAUUAUUUAUUUAACCACGUGUAUAUAUAUCACACUGAUUCAAUGAAAUAUCUUGCUUGUUCAAAUGUAUUUUUAAUUGGUAUCGCUGAGUAGAUACAUGUAUAUUUGUAGCCACAUUAAGUUGUUACUGUAUCUUGUAAUCAUUUGAAAAAAAAUGGCAUUCACAUUUAUUUGAGUCAAAAAAUUAUAAUGUCAUUGGAAGAAAUGAAAACAUAAUUCUUGAUGCUGAAAAUAAUAAGACUACUUACUUCCAGUUGUUGAAAAUUGCAUGUCUGUACUGUUGUUGAGUAAUUUAAUCUAACCAUCCAUCAUUCAAGUCACAUCUGUCAUAGUUAAAUGUAAUUGUCAACCAAACUUGCCCUGAACUGUCACCAUUGCUAACACGCUCGCUCCAGUACAGACAAAUCAGAUGAGAUGCCAUUCCGAGGGGCCAUUUACACUCAUGCACCUGUCUCAAUUUGAGUGCGCGUGCCCUUUAGCAAUUGACUAUUGUUUAUUAGUCAAGGAGGAAGUUCACGUGCUUGCAUUGCAUGCGUGUGAUGAGGAUGGCCCCGUUGUAAUGGCGUCUAAUUUUGGUCAUCGGAUUUGUCAAUAGUUUGCUGUGCUUCAGGGUUUUUUCCAAGACUCUUGUGGUUGUAACCCUCCAUUGAAUCUCUAUGUAUCAAUUUUGUGUUUCUUUGCUUGGCUUAUUAUAUAUAAGCAAAACCAUCCAUAAAACUAUACAUGUAUACAUGUAUACAGAUCUGUUGGACGUGAUAAAAAAAAUACUUGAAGAUGUUUCGUAUAUGUGCUAGGCUUGCAUGGUAUUUUUAAAGAAGCAAUUAGCUCAUCAGGAGAGUUCGCCUACAAGAUUGUAUAUGAAGUAAAUCACUGUUUAAUCUUUCCAGUUCUGUCAGAACCUGCAACAAUAAAGAAUGAACUCUGUGAAUCCACCUGCUAAUAAUGGUGGACAAGUCA